AUGCGCUUCGAGCCUCUCCUUGCCGUGCUGCCCGCGCUGGGCGUCCAGGGCAUCCGCAUCAUCCAAUCCAACGACGACGGCUGGGCUGAGCAGUAUGUCCGGACGUUCCACGAUGCUCUGGUUGCAUCUGGCCAUGACGUAGUCCUGUCCGCACCCGCCGAGAACAAGUCGGGAACAAGCUCCCUGGACGUUGAGCCCAGCGCCCGGUCCAGCCCAUGCCAAUACGACAGCUGCUCCGCCGGCAGCGGGCCGAUCGGCCGCAACGCCACCUCCCCGCGGCUGAACUGGGUCAACUCGUUCCCCGUGACGGCCAUGCGGUACGGCAUCGACACCAUCGCGCCACCGUUCUGGAACGGCCAGGGCCCAGAGCUGGCCGUUUCGGGCCCCAAUGUCGGCAGCAACCUGUUUCUGGCCGUGCAGUUCUCGGGCACGGUCGGCGCGGCCGCCUACGCUGCCAAGCAGGAGAAGAUCCCGGCUAUUGCAUUCUCCGGCGCUUCGGAGGGUACUCUGGCGUGGAAUACUUCCCCUGUGCCGCAGCGCAGUCUGGUGUAUGCCCAGCUGGCCAACACGCUUACCAAUGCGGUUAUUGCGAGCGGCAAGCCCUAUCUCCCGGAGGAUGUGUUUCUGAAUGUGAAUUUUCCAAAGGUGGAGGGCAAGUGCACGCAGGCCAGCCAGUUUAAGUGGGUGCUUAGCAGGAUUAAUAUUGGCCUUUUCUCGGAGAAGGAUGUGGAGCAUUGUGGGAGUGACAGGUUGCCGAUGGAGAGCUCGGUUGUGGACACGGAUGGGUGCUACAUUUCGAUCAGUGUCGGGGAUGCGAAUGAUAAGACGACGGCGCCGGCGGAGAAGCAGGCUGUGGUGCUGAAGAAGCUGCAGAAAAUGCUGACUUGCUUGCCGUGA